CUUUGAUGCAUUACACUCGGCGCCUUUGUACACUUGCCAGUGCAAGCCAGGAUAUACGUACACGCUGCUAGAGGGAGCACAUACAGAGUUCCAGCGAAGAUGGCGACGAAAGCUGCAUCAAAACGCCUCGGAAAAGAGCAGCAGAUCAUGGAAAAGGACCCUCCGCCAUACUGCUAUGCUCGUCCGAGGGAAGACAAUGUGCUGGAGUGGCAUUUUAUUCUGCGAGGCCCUCCAGACAGCCCUUACGAUGGCGGCGAAUUCUGGGGACAGCUUAGCUUUCCCUCUGACUACCCAUUUAAACCUCCAGGCAUCAAAAUGUCCACCCCGAGCGGACGCUUCAAGCCUGACACCAAGAUCUGCACCUCGAUGAGCGAUUUCCACCCUGGCAGCUGGAAUCCAAGCUGGAGCGUCGCAAACAUCCUUGUUGGCCUCCUCUCCUUCAUGUGUGCGGACGAGAUGACUACAGGUAGCGUCAGCGCCUCGCAUGCGGACCGUCAGCAGUUCGCGCGUCAAUCGCACGAGUGGAACAUCAAACAGAAGAAGUUCAGAGCCCUUUUCCCAGAUUUCAGUGACGCAACAAUUAAAGAUUUGCCGAACAUGGGCCAGAGGCCAGCACCCCCAGCCGCCCCGCCUGCCGACAAGGGUGCAGCAGCGGCCGGGGCAGAGCCAGAGAGCAGCAGGAAGGCGUCAUGAUGAUGGAAUCGUCUGCAUUACACACACAGCGCAAGCCAUCCGCAUCUUCCAAUUCCAAUGACAGCGACCACCGCCAGAGGCAUCAUCUGCCACGAUCACAAGCGCAAACGCAAGCACAAGCACAAGUACAGCAGCAAAUAGCCGCGCCUGUUGCAGUGGGUAGCUUUGCCAGCUGGCGGCGGAAGCUUGCCUUGGCAAUCGCGCUGCUGGCUUAUUUGUUCUUCAGCCGGCUAAUGAGUUCGCCCAAUUCGGUAGCGAGCGGCACAGGGACAAGUGGGAGCAGUGGUAACUAGCUGGCCCGCGUCCAACGCCCGCCCUACUUAUUGUACCAUCCCAGUAUUUUCCUUCCACAUUCUGGCUUGACUGUGUUGAGCUGGACACUGUUC